AUGAAUCCAAUCGAAGUUAGUACUAAAGGCACAUUCGACAUAAUGAAUACAUUUAAUUCGCUAACCAAAUUCAUUAUGCAGGGGUCUCCAUUAGAAUACCCAGUACUUUAUGCUCAUGCGUUGCAACAAAAGUAUGAAGAUUUUAAUGAAUACGAACAGGAAAUUGAAGAGUUUUUCAUUAAGGUUAGAAUAAGUAUUUUAUGUUGCAAACAUCCAAAUUCAAUUGCAUUAUAUUCAUUAAGAUUUAAUUAUUUUUUAGAUCUGUUCAUUGAUAAUCUUAGCGAAGAUAAUGCUGAUUUUUUUGAGGAGAAACUUCCCUCUCUUUACAUUUUAGAACACGCUCCUACUGAAGAUAUGCCUCCAAUUGAAACAGAAGAAAUAAUACCAACAAAUAUAACUAUAGAUUCUUACAAUUAG